AAACAGCUGGUAACCAUGAUUCCUGGAGAUGGAAUUGGUCCAGAAAUUUCGGAGGCUGUGAAGAAAAUUUUCAGUGCUGCAGGGGUGCCAGUUGAUUGGGAAGAUGUGGAUGUGACCCCUGUAAAGGGCCCUGAUGGCAGGUUUCGUUUACCACAGAAGAUUUUUGAAUCCAUGGAAAGGACCAAAGUCGGUUUGAAAGGACCACUAGCUACACCAAUUGGCAAGGGUCAUCAGUCGUUAAAUUUGGCUCUUCGCAAAGCUUUCAGCCUCUAUGCUAAUGUGAGACCAUGUAAAUCCAUUGAAGGCUAUGAGACGCCUUACAACAAUGUUGACAUUGUGACAAUUAGGGAGAACACAGAGGGGGAGUACAGUGGUAUAGAACAUCUGAUUGUUGAUGGAGUUGUCCAGAGUAUCAAACUGAUCACAGAACAAGCGUCUAGACGAGUGGCUGAAUAUGCUUUCAAGUAUGCCAGAGAUAACAAGAGAAGCACAGUAACAGCCGUCCACAAGGCCAACAUCAUGCGAAUGUCCGAUGGCUUGUUUUUGAAAUGCUGUCGUGAUGUGGCAGCAAAGAACAAAGACAUCAAGUUCUCAGAGAUGUACCUUGACACGGUUUGUUUAAAUCUUGUCCAAGACCCUUCGAAGUUUGAUGUCCUGGUGAUGCCUAACUUGUAUGGAGAUAUUUUAAGUGAUUUGUGUGCUGGUCUGAUAGGUGGCUUGGGAGUAACCCCAAGUGGUAACAUUGGAGAGGAAGGAGCACUUUUUGAAUCGGUCCAUGGCACAGCUCCAGACAUUGCAGGUCAGAACAAGGCCAACCCAACAGCUCUGUUGCUGAGUGCGGUCAUGAUGCUUCGCUACAUGGAGCUGGGCUCAUACGCGGAUCGCAUAGAGAAUGCAGCUUUUGCGGUGAUAAAAGAGGGACAG